AAUUACAUGUCAUAUAUGUUGGAAUACACUGUGUGGACGGUCCAUUGUACUCCGUUCCCAGCCCCCGUUGUGAGAUCCAUUGAUGCUUCCAGCACAUUUGUAAGAUACAGCUCCUCUGUGGCGUGGGUCUUCUCCUUGUGGGCUGUUGCACCGUCCCGUGAGAGGAGCACUGCAUGCACAUCGUCUAGCGCCACAAGAAAAACUGAGUUUGACUCCUCUGAUGAUGAAAAUGUGACCGAAGAACAAGAACAGACACCACUUGAGAUUUCAUGGCUUUCACUGGCCAAUGUGGACUGCGCCCAGAAUCUAGGGAUCUGUGCCCUGCCAGGGUGCCGGUUUAAAGAUGUAAAACGGAAUCUUAUGAAGGAUUUAGGGGAGCUGAAGGGACAAGGAGUGGCAGAAGUCUUUGUGUUCUGCACUCUUGGCGAGCUCAACAAAUACCGGGUUCCACAUCUUCUUGACUCCUACCAGCAGCAUGGACUGAUUGCACAUCACCAUCCGUUUCCUGAUGGAUGUGCUCCAGAGCUGGACCAGUGCUGCCAGAUUUUAGAAGAACUAAAGUCCAAUCUCAAGAAUGGCCACAUAACUGUGCUACACUGCUAUGGAGGACUUGGACGUUCUGGUUUGAUUGCCGCAUGUCUCUUACUUCAUCUGUCAGAUGUCAUGACCCCCGAUAAGGCAAUUGAUCUUCUUCGUGAGCUCAGAGGGUCUGGAGCCAUUCAAACAAUCAAGCAAUACAAUUUUUUACAAGAGUUCAGAGAGAAGUUUGCUGCUUAUUUGACGACCAAAGAAGACUCCACGUCAAGAUGUGUUUCAAGAUAGCUCUCUGAAUAAUGGAGCCAUGGGAACGCAAUGCUUUAAAGCUGCUGCCUGCUCGACCCUUUGGACCAUUUUGUAACCGCAUGCAUCUUUUGUGGCCGAUGAGCGAAUGUUAACUUGUUUGAGGAGCACUAAACAGCGGUCACUAGUCUACGCUUUUUGUACCCUGAAUUAUUUAUUUUUUGAAGUAGUUUUUUUUGGAACAACUAAUUUUUGAUUUGCUAAAAAUAAAUGCCAUGUGAUUUAGAGCACAGUAUCAUAAAA